CUGAGAAUAGUGUAAUAUUGAAUCUUUGAGAGUUUGGAUCGUAGGCUAGUGUUUUUAAGUUAAAGCUCUAUAAACAAAAGUCAAAAUAUGUCUGGCGAUAAUUACGUAGUUUUUGAUUGUGACGUUGGAACAGAUGAUGCCUGGGCGUUAUUGAUGCUUAUCAAAGCUGAAAAGGAGUUAAAAAAAUUCAAGAUUCUCGGAGUGACUUGUGUUUUUGGUAAUGCCGAUGCCACAAACGUGACCAAAAAUACCAUUCGUGUGUUGGAUAGCCUCGAUAGGCAAGAUAUUCCAAUCUACAAAGGGUGUUCGGGUUCUAUUUUACGUCCAAAUAGUGUCUGUAAAGAACACUUUCACGGUAAGGAUGGAUUUGGGGAUUUAAAACAUAGCUACGAAGUGAAUAUUAAUCGCAUCGAAAAGACUCAUGCCGUGAAUGCAAUGUAUGAAUUUGCAUGCAAGUAUCCAAAAAAAGUAAGUUUUAUUUUACUGGGGCCAUUGACGAACUUCGCUACAUGUAUAAAUAUGUAUGAUGAUUUCUUGGAUAAAGUGAAGGACGUAUGGAUUAUGGGAGGUAAUAUUAAAGGCAAAGGUAAUGCAACACAUUCCGCUGAAUUUAACUUUUUCUCCGACCCUGAAGCUGCUCAAAUAGUCCUUGAAAAAGCCAAAACACCAAUAACAAUUCUUCCUUGGGAAACCUGCAUCGAUGGAGAUUUUGGUAUAACUUGGGAUUGGCGUAUCAAUACUCUGGGAUCGGUUAAAAGUAAAACAAUUGAACUAUUGAAUUAUGUUGAAAAAUCCAUUUUAGAACCAAAAGGUUUUACUAAAUGGAUUGUUUGUGAUGCGAUUCUUUGUGCUGCUUUCCUUUAUCCUGAAAAACUAAUUGUCAAGGGUCGACAAUACCACGCAACAACGGAAUUGAAUGGAAAAUAUACUCGGGGUCAAAUGGUUUUGGAUCACUCACGACAAAAACAAUCCAACGUUCGUAUUAUUGAAGAAAUUCAUAAAGAAAACUAUAGAAAAAUUAUUUCAUGGGCUGCUGGGUUGCCAGGUGUUGAAAUUGAUUGGAAUUGUGAUAUGUAGUUGAUUGUGUAUGUCUCAAUUGUUCCUUAAUAUUGAAAUAUUUUGAUAUAUUUUUAAAACAAAGCUUGUAACAAAAUAUUUGUAUGUCUUUGAUAUUUUUUUAAAAUUUGUUCAAGUAAAUAAAAAUUUCAUUCCAAAUCGAGAAUUUUGAAACAGUCUGAUUUUAAAGACAUUCCACUUGAAAGAGACCAUCGAGAAAUAAAUUAAAGACUUUGUUCAAGUAAAUAAAAAUUUCAUUCCAAAUCGAGAAUUUUGAAACAGUCUGAUUUUAAAGACAUUCCACUUGAAAGACACAAUCGAGAAAUAAAUAAAGACAUAGGUAAAUGAAUAAAAGAUUUGUCAAAUUUUGAAUACCUCACAGAA